AUGGCACCUAGAACGUCGUCCUCGAAUCGCCUCGUUCUUGACCUUCUCCGACCCUCGAGAUCGACCGCAUCAUGCGAGCACCUUCGUUUUCGGGAAGCAUUUGGCAAACCCGCGAGACACGCUCGCCAUGUUUCAACAGCGUCUCCUCAGCUCUCUGAGAUGGACGUGGACAGAGAUAGCCCUCCGCGGUGGUCACAAACACCCCCGGCAUUGAAAGCCCCUGUGCGCGUACGCCCACCCCGAAUAUCACAACCUCUCAAAGUCAACAAGGACCAGCGCAAGCUUGACGAGUUCUAUAUCAAAUUUCUUGGAAGAGAUGGGGACAAAAUGCUAUCAGAGGAGACGAAGUGGUUGGCAGUUACGAACAAAAGCUUCGAUGCUGGACGAAGAGGGUUCAAUGAUAGACUCGCCUUUUUUGCGUUGCCGACCCUUCACGUUAUCAAAGAGCUGAAGAUCGGGAUCCCCAUGGCCGAGAACCGUUCCGCCAUCCAGCAACUGAAUCAGUCGAGUGCCUAUUGGGUAGCGCUCACCAUUGGUUUACAAGUCACAAGCAGCUCGCAAACCUCGCCGAGCAAUACGGGCUGCCAGAGGUCGUACGGUGGCAUCCCAGAGACCCCGAACGUCUUCAAGCAUCCGGCUCCGAACUCGUCUACGCACAAGCUUUACUAUCAAUAA